UGGGAUCGGUAGGAAUCCUACCUCUGGAUACUCGUGUGGUUGUGGUCUGGUGACUCGGAGAGGAGAAGCAAAAGAACUGAUUGGCCAGGGACCAUGUCGACCGUGGUAGCACAGUCCCUGCGUGCUUUUGGUCUUCGCUCCCAUGUGGCCAACAAUAUCUUCUUCUUCGAUGAGCAGAUCAUUAUAUUUCCUUCAGGAAAUUACUGUGUGAAGUACAAUAUGGAUCAGAAAUGGCAAAAGUUCAUUCCAGGCUCAGACAAGAGUCAAGCCAUGUUAGCCUUGUCCAUCAGUCCCAAUCGGCGAUACCUCGCUAUGUCCGAGAUGGUGCAAGAAAAACCUGUCAUCACCAUUUAUGAACUGUCAUCCAUCCCUUGCCGGAAGCGCAAAAUCCUUAAUAAUUUUGACUUUCCAGUUCAGAAAUUUACUAGCAUGGCUUUUUCUCCAGACUCCAAAUACUUGUUGACUCAAACAUCACCUCCAGAGUCCAACCUUGUCUAUUGGCUGUGGGAAAAACAGAAAGUAAUGGCCAUUAUUAAAAUCGACUCUCAGAACAACACUGUCUACCAGGUGAGCUUCAGUCCUCAGGAUAACACACAGGUUUGUGUCACUGGAAAUGGGAUGUUUAAGCUUCUCCGUUUUGCUGAGGGAACCCUGAAGCAAACCAACUUUCAGAGGGGAGAACCCCAGAACUACCUAGCUCAUACCUGGGUGUCUGAUGACAAGAUUGUCGUUGGCACUGAUACAGGCAGGCUCAUCCUCUUUGAAUCUGGAGAUCAACGCUGGGAGACAAGUAUAAUGGUCAAGGAGUCCUCCGGUGAUUUGAAGAAUCUGGAGAGGGUCCAGGAAUCAGAAAGCUUGAUUGAAUUUCCAACGCUCAGUUCCCCAGUGCCUUCCUUCGAACAAGUCCUGGCGAACAGCAACCACAGCCAGCUGAGCAUGCCGCAGGUGUUCGCCGUGGCGGCCUGUUCCAAGGGCUUCGCCUGUUCUGCAGGGCCGGGGCGAGUCCUGCUGUUUGAGAAGAUGGAAGACAAGGAUUUUUAUCAUGAGAGCAGGGAAAUCCGGGUUCCUGUGGACCCGCAGAGCAAUGACCCGAGUCAGUCUGACAAACAGGACAUCCUCUGCUUGUGCUUCAGCCCCUCGGAGGAAACCCUGAUUGCCAGCACCAACAGGAACCAACUCUACAGCAUCACCAUGUCCCUGACGGAGAUCAGCAAGGGGGAGCCAGCCCACUUUGAGUAUCUGAUGUACCCAUUGCACUCAGCAUCCAUCACCGGUCUAGCUGCUUGCAUCCGCAAACCCCUCAUUGCCACCUGUUCUCUGGAUCGAUCCAUUCGCAUCUGGAAUUAUGAGUCAAAUACUCUGGAACUCUAUAAGGAAUACCAAGAAGAGGCAUACACAAUCAGCCUUCACCCAUCUGGUCACUUCAUUGUAGUAGGGUUUGCUGACAAACUACGCCUCAUGAAUCUACUCAUCGAUGAUAUACGUUCAUUCAAAGAAUACUCUAUUAGAGGAUGCAGAGAGUGUGCCUUUAGCAAUGGAGGGCACCUGUUUGCUGCAGUCAAUGGAAAUGUGAUUCACAUUUUUACCACCACCAGCCUGGAGAACAUCUCAAACCUGAAAGGACACACGGGGAAGAUCCGUUCCGUUGUGUGGAAUGCAGAUGACAGCAAACUGAUUUCUUGUGGCACAGACGGUGCGGUAUAUGAAUGGAAUCUGUCCACAGGAAAGAGAGAGACGGAAUGUGUGCUCAAGUCCUGCAGCUACAACUGUGUAACCAUCUCUCCUGAUUCCAAAAUUAUCUUCGCUGUUGGGUCUGACCAUACCCUCAAGGAGAUUGCAGAUUCUUCCAUCCUUCGAGAGAUGUCAGCAUUUGAUGUCAUCUACACGGCCAUUGUCAUCUCUCACUCGGGGCGCAUGAUUUUUGUGGGUACCUCAGUGGGAACAAUUCGUGCGAUGAAGUACCCACUGACUUCGCAGAAAGAGUUCAAUGAAUACCAGGCCCAUGCUGGUCCUGUCACCAAGAUGUUGCUCACCUUUGAUGACCAGUUCCUGCUGACAGUCUCCAAGGAUGGCUGCCUGUUCACCUGGAAGGUCUUUGAUAAGGACGGUCGGGGAAUCAAGCGAGAGAGGGAGGUGGGCUUUGCCGAAGAGGUGCUUGUUACUAAAACAGACAUGGAAGAGAAGGCUCAGGUCAUGUUGGAGCUGAAGACGCGCGUGGAAGAAUUAAAAAUGGAGAACGAGUACCAGUUGCGACUAAAGGAUAUGAACUAUUCUGAGAAGAUUAAGGAGCUAACAGAAAAGUUCAUCCAGGAAAUGGAGUCCUUGAAAACAAAAAACCAGGUUUUAAAAACAGAAAAAGAAAAGCAGGAUAUAUUUCACCGUGAACACAUGGAUGAACUCCUAGACAAACAAACCCGGGAACUGCAGGACCUGGAAUGUUGCAACAACCAGAAGUUGCUUCUGGAAUAUGAGAAGUACCAGGAAUUGCAGCUCAAGUCCCAGAGGAUGCAGGAGGAGUAUGAAAAACAGCUUCGGGACAACGAUGAGACCAAGAGCCAGGCCCUCGAGGAGCUGACCGAGUUCUACGAGGCCAAACUGCAGGAGAAGACCGCUCUCCUGGAAGAGGCGCAGGAAGACGUCAGGCAGCAGCUUCGGGAGUUUGAAGAGACCAAGAAACAAAUUGAAGAAGAUGAAGACCGAGAAAUCCAAGAUAUCAAAACCAAGUAUGAGAAAAAGCUUCGGGAUGAAAAGGAGUCAAACCUUCGGCUCAAAGGAGAAACAGGCAUCAUGAGGAAGAAGUUCAACAGCCUGCAGAAGGAGAUUGAAGAGAGAGCCAACGACAUCGACACCCUGAAGGCGGAGCAGGUGAAGCUGCAGGGAGUCAUUAAGUCCCUGGAGAAGGACAUCCUGAGCCUCAAGCGGGAGAUCCAGGAGAGGGAUGAGACCAUUCAGGACAAGGAGAAGCGAAUUUAUGACCUGAAAAAGAAAAAUCAAGAGCUAGAGAAAUUCAAGUUUGUGCUCGACUACAAAAUAAAGGAGCUGAAGAAGCAAAUAGAACCGCGAGAGAAUGAGAUCAAGGUGAUGAAGGAACAGAUUCAGGAGAUGGAAACUGAGCUGGAGCGUUUCCACAAGCAGAACACGCAGCUGGAGCUGAACAUCACGGAACUGUGGCAGAAGCUGCGAGCCACUGACCAGGAGAUGCGCAGAGAGAGGCAGAAGGAGCGGGACCUGGAGGCGCUGGUCAAGCGGUUUAAGACGGACCUGCACAACUGCGUGGCCUACAUCCAGGAAGCCCGGCAGCUGAAGGAGAAGGUCCGGGCUCUCUUUGAGAAGUACGUGCAGCGGGCAGACAUGGUGGAGAUCGCAGGGCUGAACACAGACCUGCAGCUGGAGUACACCCGCCAGCGGGAGCACCUGGAGAGGAACCUGGCCACUCUCAAGAAGAAGGUGGUCAAGGACAGUGAGCUGCACCGCACCGAUUACGUCCGCAUCAUGCAGGAAAAUGUCUCCCUCAUCAAGGAGAUCAAUGAGCUCCGCAGGGAGCUGAAGCUCACCCGCUCCCAAGUCUAUGACCUUGAAGCAGCUCUGAAACUGGCCAAGAAAAGCCAACUGCAAGAGGUUCCAGAAACAGGGCCCAGUGAGGACACGGCCGGCACCACUCCUGCCAAGAGACUAAAUGAGCAAGAAGAAAUUGGGAGAAUUAUUGAAAUGCAACGCUUAGAAAUCCAGCAUCUCAGGGACCAGAUCCAAGAACAACAGCAGGUCCCAGGGUUCCAACCCAUCUCCAGAAUUCGGCUUCCUUCCCUCGUCAAGUUAGAAGUGAACCCUGAGGUGCAGGACAACUGACCCCUCCGGUGAGCCACCUCCAGCCACACUACAAGGGGCACUUGCAUCUGUCCCCAGGCCGA